UUAGGCCAAAAUUUCACUCAUUCUUUCUUCAAUGAUUUUCUUCUCCUUCUUCUCUGCAACAUCGUGUUGUUUGAAAACACACACACACACUCUCUCUCUCUCUCUCUUCCCUUAACAUCGGAAGAAUUAGAAUUGCAGGCCUCCGCCUUCUUUAUUUCUCUUUAAGAGUCCAAAUUCCUGAUCUCUCCAAAAUCGAAAUUGCAGAGGUUAAAUUCCAUUGCAAAGAAUUUGGGUUUGAGGAAGAAGGAAUUUUAGAGAUGGAAGAAGGUAGCCGGGAAUUUGAUCAGUUCCAAGAUCAUCUUUGGCAAGAACACACCCUCGCUCUUCUUCAUAACCAUGGCAUCGGCCAAGGGUUACAUGAUCUCAGUCAAAUAAAGAAAAUCUGGCGCAAGCACAAGCUUCAGUGGAUGCAGCGGAGGCCAAUGGAGAUUCCGGAAGUGAUCCUGGACCUUCAGCGUGAAGAAAACAGAGAAUACGCUCUCAGAUGCCUAAGCAGUUUCCUGAUUCUGAGGAGGGAAGAUGAUCCAGAAAAUUAUCAGCGAGCAGGCUUCUUCUUAUUCAAUUCUUGUGCGACCAUGACUAUCUUGUUGCAGGAGUUGGUAUCUGCUUACUGGAAAAUGGUGGAUGGGAGCCUCACUGUAAGAGAAACGAGGCGCCUUGGCAAUGUUCUCACCCUCUUUCAGAGUGUGGCAGCAAACAAUGAAACUAGGCUCAAAUUUGUGCAAGCUUUUAUCCCAAACUUUCUGGUACCCCUUAUAUUAUUCGAAAGCACUGAGGAGGCAUAUGAGAACAUCCGUGGCAUGUCCCUCUCUGUCAUUGGAAUCAUAUGCCAGGAAAGAGAACCUGAUAUCAUUAAGUGGGCAGUUGAUAACAAUAUUGUGGAAAUUUGUCGACGGGGGAUCCAGAUUGGUGGUGAACUUUCCAAAGUGAUCGCAAUGCACAUUAUUGAAGCUAUUCUGCAAGAUAAGUCUGGGAUUUCCUACAUAUGUAAACCUGAGGCUGAUCAUCUACUCAAAAACCUGCUGGAGACAUGGGAACAUAUGGUUAUGGUUCUCUCUGUGAACAAAGACCACUCACCUCGUCUUCUCUUCCAUAUCAUCAGGUGUUAUGUUCUGCUCUGCACUGAUACCAGGGGUUUCAAUAUGCUAAUCGAUUACCUCCCUGAACCCAUUACAAACAACUCAUUUCAACAAAUCACAGAGGAGUUUCCUGUGAUAAGAAGAAUGCUAGAACAACUUCUUAUGAAUACUGGGAAAGUAGUGGAAGUUCCUUUUAGCAGAAGAAGCAAGAGUAAGUAUCCAGAUCCAAUUGAGGAUAAGUUACCCUCCCAAUACGCUGAUUCUUGUACUUCUUUGGUGGUAGCCAAUGAGAUGAUGCCAUUGAAUUCGAUUGAUCCAAAUACUGAGAGUUGUUCCCUUGGAAAUAGUAAGCGUGACUCUUCCUUACAAAAAGCAGCUUCCAAGGGCAAAGAGAACUGGAGUGAUCUUUGGGCUGGGCUCCAUGAUUUUGUGCUUCAAGAGAAAAAUGACAAAUGAUUUGUGAAACUUGCCACUAUCUUAUUGUUAUGCAUGCCUAACUUUUGUAGGUCAAUCAUCUGUGUCUUACUUCAAGAGAUUUGGUUCUAGUCUUUUACCUUUUCCUCCCUCAUACCUAUUAUAUUUCUCUCUUCCUAUUGUAUUUCGGCUUUAGCACUUUGUCUUUGGAGUUUCUGUAAUCAACUGUCCAUCAGAUGCAUGUACAGUUUGAGCUUUUUAUAUUUGUAUUGCCAAGUGUACAGCAUGAAUUUUUUUACCACAGCUUUGGUAUAAUAAGAACUAGU